CAGUCCCAACACCAACAUGAUGCAUAACAUUGUCGCUGUCGGUCUCCUCUUGGCGUCCAUGGUCGACGCCAAGGGCCUCGACACGAUCCUCUCCAAGGCCACGUUCCAGAAGCUCUUCCCGAACGCGCUGCCCAUCUACCAGUACGAAAACAUGAUUGCCAUGUCCCAAAAGUACCCGGCCUUUGCCAACACGGGCAACGACGACGUCGACAAGCGCGAGGUCGCGGCGUUCCUCGGCCAGAUCUCGCUCGAGUCGGGCGACCUCCAGUACGUCGAAGAGAUCAACAAGAACGAGUACUGCCAAGCCAGCCAGCAGUACCCGUGCGCACCCGGGAAGCAGUACUUUGGUCGUGGUCCGAUCCAGCUCUCGUGGAACUACAACUACAAGGACUUUGGCGACGCGUUUGGCAAGGACUUUGUGAGCAACCCCGAUUUGAUCGCCAAGGACAAGGACCUCGUCUGGCUGAGCGCGUUCUGGUUCUGGAACGCCGACAAGUGGAACGGCAACAUCCACGACGUGGUUGGUCAGCCCGGCGGCUUUGCGUACACGACGUACAUCAUCAACGGCGGCCUCGAGUGCGGUCCGAACCCGCCCAACAAGCAGUCGGAGAUCACGCGCAUUGCGAGCUACAAAAAGUUCUGCGACCUCCUCGGCGUCUCGCCCGGCGACAACCUCUCGUGCCAGACGAGCGCGUACCCGCCGACGACGCCCCAAAACACGGCGAUGCCAGUUGCAAAGUCCAACCAAGAGCGAAAAAAAUCGGUCCAGACGACCAAGACCAAGUCCAAAGUGCGCCGCUGA